AAUACGCGCCUAUAUAACUACGGCGUUCCGCUGAUUGGACGAAGUAAGUUACGUUUUCCUGCAGUUAGGGAACAAGAGUACGCGGCCCGAGCCCGACGGGCGGCAUUGCGAGAAAUAUGAGGAUUCGCCCGGGAUGCGCGGCUGCACUAGCGGUGCUACUGCAUGCCGUUGUUGUGGCGAGCAAAGCGUUGGAUCAGAGUCCGUUGCAGCAGCAGUCUCAGCAACGAUCUCAGCAGCAAAUUCCAUAUGGAACGGAGGCUCAGAAGAGAUGGGGUGGUGACCUGGGUGGCGGCCACGGCGGCGACGUAGGUGGCUAUGGCGGCGAUAUCGGCGGUUUUGGUCACUCUGGCGGCGACUCUGGGGGAGGCUACGGUCACUCCGGGGGUGGCGACAUUGGCGGCGGUUUGGGUCACUCUGGAGGUGGCGAUAUCGGCGGCGGUUUUGGUCACUCUGGAGGUGGCGACAUUGGCGGCGGUUUGGGUCACUUUGGAGGCGGCGACAUUGGCGGAGGAUUGGGUCACUCUGGAGGUGGCGAUAUCGGAGGUGGUUAUGGCCAUUCCGGUGGUGGCGACAUUGGCGGAGGAUUGGGCCACUCUGGGGGUGGAGAUAUCGGUGGUGGCUUGGGACACUUGGCUGGUGGCGACCUUGGCGGUGGUGGCGGCGACGACCAUCACGACGAUCAUCAUCACGAUCACGGCUACUGGAAGAAGAAGCUGAUCUGGAAGCCAGGCUGGAAGAAGAUCUGGAAGCCCGCGAAGAAGCAAAUUUGGAAGCCUGCGUGGAAGAAGAUCUGGAAACCCAUCUGGGUACCGACGCAGAAGGCGGUCUGGAAGGAGAUUCAGGUACCGGCUUGGAAAAAGAUCUGGAAACCGGUGUGGAAGGAGAUACAAGUGCCAGCUUGGAAGGAGAUCCAGGUGCCGGCUUGGAAGAAGAUCUGGAAGCCGGUCUGGAAGCCUAUCAAAGUACCAGCGUGGAAGGACAUACAAGUGCCAGCUUGGAAGAAGAUCUGGAAACCCGUAUGGAAGGAGAUCCAGGUGCCGGCUUGGAAGGAGAUCCAAGUACCUGCCUGGAAGAAGCUGUGGAUCCCCGAAUGGGUGAAAGUGGGAAUACCAGGCGAGCACUAUCACGGCAAGGAUCAACAUGGAUGGGAGUACACCAGCCACGAUCUCUGGAAGAAGAAACUGAUAUGGAAACCGGUAUGGAAAAAGUACUGGAAACCCGCCAAGAAGCAGAUCUGGGUACCUGACAAGAAGCUGGAGUGGGUCGAAGCGUGGAAGCAGAUUUGGAAGCCGUCCAAGAAGCAGAUCUGGGUGGACGACAAGAAGCUUAUAUGGAAGGAGGAGUGGAAGCAGAUAUGGAAGCCUGCCAAGAAACAGAUCUGGGUGCCUGACAAGAAGCUGGAGUGGAAGGAGGCUUGGAAGCAGAUCUGGAAACCGGACAAGAAGCUCGAAUGGAUCCCGGACAAGAAGCUGGCGUGGAAGGAGGCUUGGAAGCAGAUUUGGGUGCCCGCUUGGAAGGAGAUCUGGGUGCCGGCGUGGAAGAAGAUCUGGAAGCCUGUUUGGAUAUCGGAGUGGUUCCCGUCCGAGGACCAUCAUCACCCUCACGGAUGGGAGGAUCGCAAGGAUACUCAAGCGAAGGGGUCGCAGCUGGUGCAGUCUGUUCCAGAGGCUGCCUCGAAGCUGAGCGGUCAAGGUCAGCAGCAGCAGCAACGUCAGGUCGACGACAACAAGGUCAGGUGGGACAGGUCGUCCAAGACGGAACUCCAGACGAUCAACCAGGACCUGGUGCCACCGCCGGUCACGCAAAAUCAAAGCGUCGCUACGGCCAACUUCGCGUUCCCCAAUCAGUGAUCGUCGUUUGGAUGCUUGUACAAAAAUCUUGCUAAGAGUACUGUAACAUAAGCCGCUGUAUAUAUUGUCUUAGGUGUACGUUAAGUUUUAGAGAGUUAAGCUUCCCCAAGGAUUAAUCGACUGACUUACACACUUCAGACCCUUUUCCUCUACUUUCUUCAACGUGGUGCCGACGCUAACGCGUUCCAUCCUUUAUGUAUAUUUUCUUUUAUACGAUGUUGUUGUUACCCUUUCUUUGUUAACCA